AUGCCGCCAUACGAGCACCAAUCAAAGAAACGCCGUCUGGAUACCGAGGACGGCGGCGAUGCGUCGAACUUCAGGGCGCCGGCCCGUUUUAGGCCAACAGUUCCCAGGGAAUGGACCGUUUCGAUUGCGGUGCCCACCAGCUUGAUCACAGACUGCGUAACACGAGAGCAGAGGACAACCAACGUCGGUCGCGUUGCGCGUGCCCUGGCCAUCUUCUCCGUCGACGAGGUUGUCGUGUAUGACGACAGCCCCAUGGACAAGCGCAUCACCAAUGCCGACCCAGAUGCCUACACUGGCGAUGUGGACCCGGCUCACUUCAUGGAUCACAUCCUGAAUUACCUCGAGACGCCGCCAUUCAUGCGCAAAGUGCUCUUUCCCCUCCAUCCGAACCUGCGCUCCCAGGGUUUGCUCCCGAGUCUCGACAUGCCGCACCAUCCGCACAAGGACGAGUGGCUACCGUACCGAGAAGGCAUGACGCUGGAAACCCCACCAAAGGGAGGGAAGGGCACGGUCGUGGAUAUCGGCAUGCCCAAUACUGUUACCAUAGCGGAGUCGAUCCCUCCCAAGACGCGGCUAACUCUCAAGAUGCCGGACGACCCUCGCGGGACACCCGAGCCGGUGCACCCGACCGCACCAAGGACAGAAGGCGGCUACUUCUGGGGCUUCAGCGUGCGCAGGGCCUCGUCACUGUCCAAUGUGCUUACCGAAAGCCCGUACGAAGAUGGUUAUGAUCUGAGCAUCGGCACAUCGGAGCGCGGCGUGCCGCUGUCGAAAGCCUUUCCCAGCUACGAGCAGGCCGACUUCAAGCACCUGAUUGUUAUCUUUGGCGGCCCACGCGGCCUGGAGUACGCGGCAAUGAAUGACCCGCAGCUGAGCGAGAUGGGCAUUUCUGGCUCGAGGACCAAGGAACUCUUCGAUCACUGGGUGAACGUGUUGCCGAAUCAGGGCACAAGGGGUAUCAGAACCGAUGAGGCGUUGUUGAUAGCCAUGACGGGGCUACGGAGGUUGUGGGAUAGCAGCUGA